GUCUGAUGGAAGCGUGAUUACAAUUCCGAAUUUAAACUCCGGCCGGCCCUGCUAAUAUAUUCGACCCUCUGUCUUGCCCCUCACCUUCCGUCUCGGCAUUUAGAAUUGCCUUGCUUGUCUUUCAUUUACUCAGUGGGCGCUUUAGAUUAGUUUCUGGAUAGGGUCGUCUGACGCCACACAUACAACCUUUGUUACUGGAGCGUUUCAACACACAAUCUGGCCUCUUUGACCCCAGGUCAAUAGCCGGCUUCCGAGAAGCUUUAUAUAGGGCGAAGGCACGGUAGACUGUUUCGCAAUGCGGUCAGCGGCGCAAGUGUUCUACCUAGCAGUUUUCUCGCUACUAGGGAGUUCACAUGCUGCGAGCCACGCAGCACCCUCCAAGUCGAAGAACCCUCCCCCAAACGUCUGCGAUUUUGAGCCCGGAGCCAUUGUCUCGGAUGCGUGUGCCUCCUACAACACCCUCGAGCAGUUGAACGAAGCGAUCCAUCCCUACCUCCACUCGAUCACACAGGACACAGACUUCUUUUCGCAUUAUCGUUUGAGCUUGUACAGCAAAAAAUGCCCGUUCUGGAGUGAUGAAAAUGGUAUGUGUGGGAAUGUGGCUUGCGCGGUGAAUACCCUGGACAAUGAAGAAGAUAUCCCGCUGGUUUGGCGUGCGAAAGAGUUGGGGAAGCUUGAAGGCCCGACAGCACAGCAUCCGGGGAAGAAACAACAACAGGAGAGGAGAGAAAAGCCGCUCCAAGGCGGCCUGGGUGAAAAUGUGGGCGAGAGCUGUGUCGUGGAAUACGAUGACGAGUGCGACGACCGGGACUAUUGUGUUCCCGACGACGAGGGUGCAACUGCGAAGGGGGACUACGUUUCUCUCGUCGACAACCCGGAGCGAUUCACGGGCUAUGCCGGCGUCGGUUCCCAGCAGGUCUGGGAAGCCAUCUACCGUGAAAACUGCUUCAGCAAGCCCCCCAAGAACGGACAAAGCACCUCCCAAUCCUCUCCCUUCGGCGGCUUCGAAAACCAGCAGCAGAUGCAUGCCGCCAACCAGCUGCGAAACGUCAUGAAAGAGCAAGGUCUCCAGCAGAAUGUCAAGUCAGCUAUUGCACAAGGAACGGCCACGGCCCGUCUCGACCCCGUCGAAUUCGAUGACACAUGUCUUGAGAAGCGUGUUUUUUAUCGCGUGGUAUCCGGUAUGCAUGCUUCUAUCUCCACGCAUCUGUGCUGGGAGUACUUGAACCAGACAACAGGACAAUGGUCCCCAAAUUUGGGCUGCUAUGAAAACCGCCUCCACAAAUUCCCCGAUCGGAUCUCCAAUAUUUACUUCAACUACGCACUCGUCAUGCGCGCAGUCGGGAAGAUAAAGCAACACGUACAAGACUACUCCUUCUGCUCUGAAGACCCCGCCCAAGACACCCGCACAAAAGCCAUGGUCCUCCGUCUCGCCUCUGCCAUUCCCUCCGGUCCCGAAAUCUUCGACGAGACCAUCAUGUUCCAAGACCCGGACACCAUCUCCCUCAAGGAAGACUUCCGCAACCGCUUCCGCAACGUCUCGCGCGUCAUGGACUGUGUCGGCUGCGACAAAUGCCGCCUCUGGGGCAAACUCCAAACAAACGGCUACGGCACCGCCCUCAAAGUCCUCUUCGAAUUCGACGAGCAUGAUUCCAGCAAAGAUCCACCCCUCCGUCGCACCGAGCUCGUGGCUUUGCUUAAUACCAUGGAUCGUCUAUCGCACUCGCUCUCUGCGAUCAAGGAGUUUCGCAGUAUGAUCGAUGAACGGGAUGGUAUUGCCAAGCCGGGAAUUCCGACACUGCAAUCUUCCGAAGAGGUCCUAAAAACGAAAUCGAUACUCGAGGAUAAGGUAGAUGAGAAAUUUGAUGAUGAUGGAAUGCCGGACUUCCCGCGCAGAUGGUAUGCAGAAAAUAUGACGGUUAUGGAUGAAUUUUGGGCAGAGUUGGAGUUGGUGACGAAGGCGUUUCUGUGGGUGUUGAAGAGUUGGGUGAGGAUUCCUGGAAAGAUGAUGAAGAUCAUCAUAAUUGAAGGAAGCAGAUUGUGGGACUACUGGCUCGGCCUCCCUGUCAGACCCAGGAGCUGGGAGAUUAGGUUCCCGGGUAGAGACGAGCUUUGAGAGUCAUGUGAUUAUUAUGCAUUUGUGGCAUCUGUAUAAAAGACGGUACUUCUCUCUCGGCAUAGCUUGGGAGUUUGAGUCAGAUUUUGGCAUUUUAAUGGGGAGCAUGGGAUGGCGUUAACAUUGACUUCAAUUAGAACAUACAAAGUGGGACAUAUAAUAGUGUUAUA